AUGUUUCAUAAUCUGAAUGAAAGAAGUAACAGAACUAACGUCUCUAACAAUGACCAUAUUAAAAGUGAUUCUAAUAACAACAUAUUAAGUAAAGAGGAUUUCAAUUAUAUUAUUUCAAAUUAUGAUUCUUAUGAUAAUAUAUUAGAUGAAAAUGAUAAUGAUAUAUUAAAUGAAGACGGUACGUUAAGUGAAGACGGUAUAUUGAAUGAUGAUGAUUUGUUGAGAGAUGAUAAUUUGUUAAGAGAUGAUUUGUUAAGCGAUGAUAAUUUGUUGAACAAUGAGAGUUUGUUGAAAGAUGAUUUGUUAAGCGAAGAUGAUUGGUUAAAUGAAGAUGAUUUGUUAAGUGCAAACAGUAUGAUGAGUGAAGAUGAUUUGUUGAGAAAAGAAGAUUGCAAAAGAGAAAUUGUUGAUAAAUCUUUAAGUAAUGAAGAUAUACUAUCUAUUAAUAGAGAAUUUGCACCAUAUUUCAUAGACAUAAUUUAUUAUCUUCAAUUCAAAAGUGAAGAUGUUGUAAAGAACAUUAGAAGAUUUAAAAAAUAUAGGCAAAAACUGCCUUUACUUAAAAUUAAAUCAUAUCAAGUUCACAUUUCUAACAAAAAAACACCAUCCACAUCAAGAGAUACUAAAAAG